UUUAGCUGCCUUCAAACACAGUGUAUACUUACAACCAGCUGGCCUGAAAUCUUAAAAAACACAGGCCUUCAAAGAGCAUGUUGAUUGAGAUACACCUCUGGUAUGCAGCAUCUCUGCUUUGCAGCCAGCUCUGCCUUAGAUUUCACUCAUCCAGCUUCAUAUGUCCUUGUGUAUGCCGUUGAUAUACACCAUGAACUGAAUGAAAUCACACCAGAACGAACAGAGCAGCCAGGACCAUAUAAUGCAGCAUGAAUAAUCAAGAGAAUGCCUGUGCAACUAGCGCUGGUGCAGCAGUUGCCUGGCAGCGUGAUUGUUAAAGAACUCGCCACACAAGGUCUAUCAGUUGAGGCCCUGAUACUGCAACAAGAACUGCACAGACACCACUUAAUUUGUUUUGCAGGUUUGGGACUUUAUACAUUUGUUACUUUUCUUAUAGAUACCACAGCCUGGCACCCUCUUCUGCCACCAAGCCCCAGUCAACUGAAAAAAAACAAACAAACCCUGCCAUGAAUUGCCUCCAAAAAUCCCCAAUAAGAGUAAAUUAAUAACAUUUUUAAGAACCAAUCUGAAAUAAAAAUCCUACUCUGAAUGGGGUUUCUACCUGGGAAAGGCAGAAAGGCUAGAGACUCCAUGCAGUCCACUAGACACAGAGGUGAAAGAAAGCCUGUAUGGCAGCUGGGCUCCAGCGGGGAUUUAAAGGGCCUGGUGCACCUGCCACUGGGGAUUUAAAGGCCCUGCCUCUUCUGGUUCAGGCCACGCCCCCACUCAGGACUCCGACGUACUGCUUGCCACGCUGGCCAGAGCUCAUCAGCAGAAGUGACCAUGCAGAGCUCAUCAGCAGAGGUGACCAUGAUGGAGUCCCAGAAUCACAAAAGAGCUCCAGCAUGGACCGAACGGGAGGUAUGGGAUCUCAUCGCUGUAUGGGGAGAGGAAUCCGUGCUAUCAGAACUCCGUUCCAGUUUUCGAAAUGCCAAAACAUUUGUCAAAAUCUCCCAGGGCAUGAAGGACAGAGUCCAUAACAGGGACCCGAAGCAAUGCCGCAUGAAACUUAAGGAGCUGAGGCAAGCCUACCAGAAAACCAGAGAGGCAAACGGCCGCUGCGGGUCAGAGCCCCAAACAUGCCGCUUCUAUGAUGAGCUGCAUGCCAUUUUAGGGGGUUCAGCCACCACGACCCCAGCCGUGUUGUUUAACUCCUUCAAUGGAGAUGGAGGCAACACAGAAGCAGGUUUUGGGGACGAGGAAGAUAGCUCACAGCAGGCAAGUGGAGAAACCGGUUUUCCCGACAGCCAGGAACUGUUUCUCACCCUGGACCUGGAGGCAGUCCCCCCCAGACCCACCCAAGGCUGCCUCCCGGACCUGACAGGCAGAGAAGGGACCUCUGCUGCAUGUGUUUCAAUGAUCUCAGGAUCUUCUCCUUCCCAGAGGCUAGUGAAGAUUAGAAGGCAAAAAAAACGCACUCGUGAUGAAAUGUUCUCUGAGCUCAUGGUGUCCUCCCACACUGACAUAGCACAGACGACUGCAUGGAGGCAGACAAUGUCAGAGUGCAGGAAAGCACAAUAUGACUGGGAGGAGAGGUGGCGGGCUGAAGAGAGUAAGUGGCAGGCUGAAGAGAGGGCUGAAGCUCAAAUGUGGUGGCAGCGUGAUGAGAGGAGGCAGGCUUCAAUGCUGAGGCUGCUGGAGGAUCAAACCAAUAUGCUCCAGUGUAUGGUUGAGCUGCAGGAAAGGCAGCAGGAGCACAGACCGCCGCUACAGCCCCUGCGUAACCAACCGCCCUCCUCCCCAACUUCCAUAGCCUCCUCACCCAGACGCCCAAGAACGCGGUGGGGGGGCCUCUGGCCACCCAGCCACUCCACCCCAGAGGAUUGCGCAAGCAACAGAAGGCUGGCACUCAAUAAGUUUUAAAGUUUUAAACUUUUAAAGUGCUGUGUGGCCUUGUCCUUCCCUCCUCCACCACCUCUCCUGGUGCUUCUCUCCUCCACCACCCCUCCCGGGCUA